AUGGGUGAUUUAAACAAAGCGGAAACGGUGAAAAGUUGGCCGGAAAUCGCUAUUAUCUUUGAAUCUUUGAAAGCUCUUGCUCCAAGGCUUGAGCCUGAAGAAAUUACGAUAGUUGUCGAGACGGAGAAGAGCGAGAAUUGGCUGGACAUCCCGUAUUUCUUGAGCAACACCGAGCGAUCCCGUGAGUGGCAGCGCGAUUCGCAGCGCGUGCUCGAGACGCCGACGAAUCGCCCGGGGAGUCGUGCCGAUUCUGCCGCCUCGUUCCAGUAUGCUCGUGGGGAUAAAAUCAACCCCGGAGAUCAGCGCGUCUACCAGCUGACCCGCCCGGACUCGAGGGCCAGUGUGACGGCGUCGGAUCACGGCUCCGUGGUGAACGACACGCUGCACGCGCUGGUGUCUGACGUCGAGCAGACGACCGAGCUGAUCCGCAGAAAGCAGCAGCAGAUGCGCUCCGAGCGGCGCCAGUUCCAGACCGAGAUGGAGGUCACCGGUCGCAUCUCAAUUUCUCCCACCGACGAUUGGCUGAACGCGCGGCUGAAGGCCGUUUCUACCGACGACCUCAAGCGUGACCUCAACAAGAUCAAGGACGAUCAACGUGAGUUCUUUUGGAAAUCAUUGGUUGAA